ACUGAAACGAAACACACAGUAGACUGGAGUAGAAGGAGUAGGAAGAAUACAUAGUAACAUUGAGAAGGAGAAGUAGAGAAAGAAGAAAGGCAGAAUAUGAUUAGAGGGGAAGUGAAUGAGAAAUAGAAAGGAAACUAGAUAACCGGAGUGACAAGGAAGAGAUAGAAAGAUAGAUAGUGUAGGGAGGAGUGAGUAAGAAAGGGAAAGGAAGACAGAUAGAGGGAGUGACAAAGACUCGCAAGAAAGAUAGGUAGAGGGAGUAAAAUGGGUGAGAAGAGAUAUUGUUGGGUGGAAGUUUCGUCAAUGCUGUCCGUAUUCGUGGAUAUACUAACUGUGACUGUGUAAAAGAUACUGGUUUGUGACCAGUGUCCUGUAACGGAUUUCCACAUGUACUAAGUAACACCACUAUUGCUACUAGCAGUGGUUGUAGUAGUUGUGUUUGUAGUUCCAUAGAAGUUGUUGUUGAUGUCGGUGGUGCUUUAAACCUCAACCCCUGAUCGCGGUUUGUGAGUUUGUUGACGUUGUUUCAUCGUCACCAUUUACAUUUUAAUUACACUAUCACAAGUACAGCUAUCCGUAAUCACAUAUAACCACUACACUACUACACCGCAACAAAUACACACACACAUAUAUAUAUACAUACGUACACAUAAUUAUUGUAAAAUCCUCAUUGCCACCCCUACAAACACAUCAGUUCGUUACAACUACCCCACAUCAAAACACACCAUUCUAACUACUACCAUCGCCAAUAACAAGGCACCAGCAGCACUAUCUAUCUAUCUAUCUAUCUAUCUAUCUAUCUAUCUAUCUAUCUAUCUAUCUAUCUAUCUAUUAUCUAUCUAUCUAUCUAUCUAUCUAUCUAUCUAUCUAUUAUCUAUCUAUCUAUUUAUCUGUCUAUGUCAAUAACAUCGUUGCUACUACAACACUACCCUCUAGACAUCAACAUGGAUAUCAAGAAGUGCCUGUCUCCACCACCGUCACUAUAACUACCAUAAAUAACAGAGCAGGAGCAAUAACAAGACACUGUCAUCAGAACCAGCGACAACAACCACUACAACUACUACAACAGUCAUCACCAGCCACUAAAACGACGAUUGCUACCGCACAUACUUGCAGUAUUAGUUUCGUUUUUAUGUAUUCUGCUGUCGUGUGAAUGAAUGGCUCCCUGAGCCACAACUGGUGAUACAAUAAUGAUACGAGUUUCAAUUCCCAGUUUUCGUAAAGUUGAAGGUGAAAAUGACAGAAGCUACACGGUAUUUUAUGUCCAAGUAUGGAUGUCUGGAAGAUAUAAUUCGGUCGAAAGACGCUAUACUGAAUUUGAAGAUCUGCACAAACAGCUAAAGAAACUGAUUGCUACUCCAGAAUUCCCUCCAAAGAAGAUGUUAAAAUGGAACCACAAAGUGUUGGAACAAAGAAGGCAGCGUCUUCAACUUUACAUCCAGACUGUAUGUCAAACCACCAGCAGCAAUGGUUACAUUCCUCCGGCAUUGUUCAAUUUCUUAGAACUGGAGCCAUAUGAACCUGGCUUUGAGUCUGUGGACCAUAUGCUCCAGGAACCUGUCCUAUGUUCCCACAAACCAAUGGUCAAGUUUGAAGAAGAUGCCUUUCUGUACGAUACUAACAAAACGUUGCUUCCAGAUACCAUUAUCUCAGGUGUACAUCUUGGACUAUAUUCCACUGAACACGAUGCCACAGUUCGGUAGCUUACCAUCACAUGCAACAUGAACAGACUGCUUUUUUUUUUUUUUUUAAUAUUCUUUUUGAACUCUGCUAUUUUGUAUAAAAAUGCAAUUCAUUUCUCAACCAUUAUUAUUAUUAUUACUAAGGCAGCGAGCUGGCAGAAUCGUUAGCACGCUGGAUGAAAUGCUUAGCAGUAUUUUGCCUGUUGCUCCAAUUUGAGUUCAAAUUCCGCCAUGGUAGACUCUA